UUCUUUUAUCGUUCACUUCUCAAAACUUUUGUUCUGUGUGUGACGUUAACCUCAAAUUCUUUGAACGUCAACAAAACAAUCAUAACCUAAAUCUGCAACUGUGCAGAGGAAAAUUCGCUUAGACAAUAUUGAAUUAAUAUACUGGAGAAAUGUUUACCCUGGACGAGUACGGUCUCCGAAAUAUCAUUUUGUUUCUAAUAUGGGCAGAAUUCUUUUGGGAAACGUAUCUUUCAUAUCGCCAGCAGUACAGAAAAGCUGUAAGUACAGAAAUAGUCCCUGAGGAGCUGCGCACUGUGAUGUCUAAAGAAGAAUUCGAAAAAGCCAGGCAGUAUUCUUUAGCUAAACUUAGAUUCGGUUUUGUGAAGGACACUCAAGCUAUAUUGUUAACAACUUUUGUGAUAUAUCUUGGACUGUUAGCUGUAGCUUGGAACUAUGCAACUAGUAUCAACCCUCUGGCAGGUGGUGAAGUUAUAAUAAGUUGUAUUUGGCUUUUCCUGCUAUCUUUAACAUCUACAUUACUUGAUCUUCCGUUGACAAUUUACUAUACUUUUGUUCUUGAGGAGACAUUCGGUUUCAACAAACAGACUGCUGGAUUUUUCAUAUGGGACAAGAUCAAGGAAUUCAUUGUCAGCCAGAUCAUUAUGAUGAUUGUUUGCUCAAUAAUCAUAGUCAUAAUCAAAAAUGGAGGACCGUACUUCUUUGUUUGGCUGUGGGCAACAGUUUGUGUGAUAUCUUUCAUUUUACUCACGAUCUAUCCUUCUGUGAUUGCACCUCUUUUUGAUAAAUAUACUCCAUUACCGGAAGGUGAACUACGCACACAAAUUGAACAACUUGCUUCCAAGCUGAAAUUCCCACUUACAGAACUAUACAUUGUGGAAGGCUCGAAAAGAUCAAUGCAUAGCAACGCGUAUUUCUACGGCCUUUUUAAUUCGAAAAGAAUUGUUCUUUUCGAUACGCUUCUAGCCAAAGAUGAUGGUACUGGUUGCAAAAAUGAUGAAAUACUAGCUGUUCUUUCUCACGAACUAGGUCAUUGGAGUUACAGUCAUGUUACUAAAAAUUUAAUAGCAAUGCAACUGAAUUUGUUAUUGGUUUUUGCUGUAUUUUCUGUAAUGUUUAAGUAUCCUCUGUUAUAUCAAGCGCUCGGUUUUUAUACCAUUCAACCAGUACUGGUAGGUCUAGUCGUAGUUUUAACGUAUGUACUUAUGCCUUACAAUACUCUCCUAAGCUUCUUGAUGACGUGUCUAUCGAGAAGAUUUGAGUUCCAAGCAGAUGAUUUUGCUGUACAACUGAAGAAAGCCGAGCCUUUAGAACGAGCCCUGCUACAACUGAACAAAGACAACAAGGGCUUUCCAGUAAAUGAUAAAUUAUUUUCUGCUUGGCAUCAUUCUCAUCCACCGCUUUUGGAAAGGAUUACCAUUCUGAGAGAGUCUGCUAGGAAGAUGAAUUAGCUUCGUUUUGUACAUAAAUUUCUAGGAUUAUUUUGUCUUCAUUUUUUACCAACAACUGAGGACUUCAGCUGUUUCUUUGUUCCAAGCACACCCAUUCCAAAGAUGCAAAAUGACUACAACACAAGCGACGUUAAAUGUGACUGUAUCUUGAGACUUUCUAUCACUUCUGUUGAAUAUUAUCAAACUCGUACUGUAACAUACAACUUUCCAUAGACGCAUACGUUUAUACCAGAAAAAAAUCAUAGAAAAUAAUAAAUAUUAAUAUAUAGA